AUGGACACAACACCCCAUCUUGAUUCUAGGGUUUUGUCCCUCAUAUUCCUCUCUCUCCUCUCCUCUUUUGUCUUUGUUCACUGUCAGAGUGACGACGCUUCAGUAAUGCAGGCUCUCAAGCAGAGCAUCAACCCUCCGAGUUCACUCGGCUGGACCGACUCAGACCCCUGCAAAUGGCAGAAUGUGGGUUGCUCCAGCGACAAUCGGGUCACCCGAAUCCAAAUUGGGCAUCAGCACCUGAAAGGCUCUCUUCCUCCGAGUCUCGCCAACCUCACUUUCUUGCAGAGACUCGAGUUCAUGUCCAACCAACUCACUGGUUCGAGUAAUGUACUUGUAAAAACUGAUGGGAAUCAUGAUAUUGGGAAGGAUAAUGUUAGUCCAUUGCCGGGUUCAGACCGUGAUGAUGUUAAGAUUACCAUUGCUGAUUUGGGUUUGACUGGUGGGACAACGGGUGAAACAUACAGUCAUGACAGUCGUGGACCUGUGAUAUUCGUGUUAUUGAAGCCAGAAAUAUGUGAAGAGAACAUAUUGGGAAGAGGAGGAUUUGGAAAAGUUUACAAAGGAGAGUUCAAUGAUGGGACUAAGAUUGCGGUUAAGAGGAUGGAGUCUGGAGUGGUGAGUGACAAGGGUUUGGAUGAGUUCAAUUCUGAGAUUGCAGUGCUUACUAAGGUUCGACAUAGGCAUUUUGUUUCUCUCUUGGGUUACUGCUUGGAUGGAAAUGAGAGGCUACUUGUUUAUGAAUACAUGCCUCAAGGGACUCUUAGUAGGCACCUGUUUCAUUGGAACGAGGAAGGGUUGAAACCCCUUGAAUGGUUGAAACGUCUGACCCUUGGCCUAGAUGUGGCUAGAGGUGUUGAGUAUCUACAUGCUUUAGCCCAUCAAAGUUUCGUCCAUAGGGAUCUUAAACCAACGAACAUUCUUCUAGGAGAUGAUAUGCGUGCUAAGGUUGCCGAUUUUGGACUUGUUCGUCUCGCACCAGAUGGGAAUGUUUUAGUUGAAACAAAACUAGCCGGAACUUUUGGGUAUCUUGCACCAGAAUAUGCAAGUAUUGUAUAUUAA